CCCUCUCUCUUCAUGAUCUCUUCUAACCUACAAAAGUCCACCUUCAUUCUCAUCCUCAUCGUCGUUCAGCGAAAUCGGGAAUAACGGAGAGAUUAAAUUUGUCGACGACAGAUUUACACGGGCGAAGCAGUAUUUCGCGCAUUGUCAAUUAACGUCAACUUACUGGAUACUCCAGGUGAACGAUGAACAUGGCUGCGAGUGCAGGUCUCACUCGACAGGAUAUGCUGAUGCUCGUGGCAAGGUUGACAUGCGUCGCGGCCAUCGGUUUCUUCAGCGUGAGGUGGCUCAUCAGUCAGCUCGAUCCCACCAGGAGCACUAAACAGAGGGCGAAAAAGAAGGCUCGAGAGCAGUUACGUAAGCUAGCAGAAAGUGACAGAUACGCGCGAACUUUUGACAUGGAUCAGCUGACAGAUUACGAGAUGAUAAUAGCUAAUCAUCUGGUGGAUCCAAAUGACAUUAAGAUAUCGUGGAACAAUAUUGCUGGUCUGGACAACGUUAUUCAAGAGCUCAAGGAGACUGUCAUACUACCUAUACAGAGGAAGGAAUUGUUUGAGGACUCGCAGCUGACACAAGCGCCCAAGGGAGUAUUGUUGUAUGGUCCGCCAGGUUGUGGCAAGACCAUGAUUGCCAAGGCCACCGCUCGGGAGGCAAAAACGCGCUUUAUAAAUCUUGAUGUGAGCAUCCUAACUGAUAAAUGGUAUGGAGAAAGUCAGAAGCUGGCUGCUGCUGUAUUUUCGUUAGCUGUAAAACUACAGCCUUGCAUAAUCUUUAUUGAUGAAAUAGAUUCAUUUUUGAGAGCACGCAAUUCACAAGAUCAUGAGGCUACCGCGAUGAUGAAGGCCCAAUUUAUGUCACUAUGGGAUGGCUUGAUAACCGAUCCUGAUUGUACUGUAAUUAUAAUGGGUGCCACCAAUAGACCACAGGAUUUAGAUAAGGCUAUUCUACGACGUAUGCCGGCCACUUUCCAUGUUGGUUUGCCGAAUGAAGAACAACGGUUAAAAGUCUUGCAAUUGAUUCUGAAAAACGAGCCAACUGCGGACAAUGUUGAAAUUGCGACGAUAGCGAAACAUACAGAAGGUUUUUCCGGAUCGGAUUUGCAAGAACUCUGUCGAAACGCGUCCAUCUAUCGUAUUAGAGAUUAUUUAUAUUCGCAGGAUUCUGUCAAGUACGAGAACAGUGAAGACGAGGAAUAUGACGAAGAGUUUCAUGACACUGUGCGACCCAUUACGAUGGAAGACUUGCUCAAGUCUUUCAGAAAGAUGAGAACAUCGAAACUGCAUACGGGUACGCUCAGUACACGGCAGCUAGAAUUAGAUUAAAGUAAGAAAUUAAUUUUUUAUUAGUUUAUCUAUGUGACUGUUGUCUCAACAGUCGUUCAUUUGUUGCAUAAAUAUUACGACAACGAUGAAACUGAAAUCUUCUUUCAUCAUGAAACUGUAUUCUUCAAUAUUAUCAGAAGAAUGAUUUUCUUGUCGUAAACAUUGAAAAAUUUUUAUGGAGGUUAAAAUAGAAUCAUUGAAAAGUGUUUAUAAUUCCAUAGUAAAAGAAAGAUAUUGUAGAAAGAAAUUUUAUAACGAGAUGAAUUGAAAUUUCUCUCAAUAUCAUAGUGUUGAAGCGUGCAUCGCGACGGUAUAUGAUAAAAAAACAUUUCACUUAAUUUACUUAUUUCAAAAUUUUAACUUAU